AUGGUGCACCACGACGUCCGACCCUUUCAAAUAGCCAUCCCAGAACGCAGCUUGGAGGUAUUGCAAAAGAAGCUGGAGCUUGCGACUUUUCCCGAGCAAGUGAGCUUCUCGGAUUGUGACAAGUACGGUGCAUCUCUGUCCGAAAUAAAGCGACUUACCGAGUACUGGAAGAAUGGCUUUGAUUGGCGGGCGCAAGAGGCGAAACUGAACAAAUUGCCACAAUUCACAACCACCGUCAGUGUCGACGGCUUUGGAGAUUUCGAUAUUCAUUUUAUUCAUCAGCGCGGUAGCCGAGAAGAUAGUAUUCCUCUGUUAUUCUGCCAUGGCUGGCCCGGCAGCUUUCUUGAGGUUGUCAAGAUACUACCGCUGUUGACAGACCCCAAAGACGGGCCAUCCUUUCAUGUUGUCGCUCCGUCGUUGCCUAAUUAUGGCUUUUCAGACAAGGUCAUGGACGAAGGAUUCAGCGUGUCUCAAUAUGCGCAGGCAAUACACAAAGUCAUGUUGAACCUAGGCUACAACAAGUACGUCACUCAAGGCGGCGACUGGGGCUUCUUUAUUACACGUUCUGCCGGUGCCCAGUUUCCGGAUCACUGCUUGGCAUCGCACAUCAACAUGCAAAUGAUUCAACCUUCAGUCUCAACAACGGGUUGGUUCGGGUUGUACAAGCUCUUGGGCUGGUUCAGCAAGCAGGAAAGUGACGGCCUAUCACGGCUCGGCUGGUAUCUAAAAGAAGGAUCUGGUUAUCUGGCCCAGCAGAGCACCAAGCCCUUGACCAUUGGCUAUUCCCUCGCCGACUCUCCCGUUGGUUUGCUAGCAUGGAUAUACGAGAAGCUCAAAGAUUGGACAGACAAUUAUCCCUGGACGGAUGACGAAGUCUUGACAUGGGUAUCCAUCUAUCAGUUUUCCAAGGCUGGUCCGGCAGCGAGUGCUCAGAUUUACUACGAAGCCAGGCACGCAAAGAGCGCCGAUGCAAAAAAGUCCAUGGGUUAUGUACCCGUGCCGCUUGGCAUUUCGUCCUUUCCCCGGGAUAUUUCCCCGAUUCCUCUGUCUUUCUGCAAGGCACUAGGCCCACUGGUAUUUCAGAAACGUCACGAACAAGGUGGCCAUUUUGCUGCAUACGAAAGACCCGAGCUCCUUGUUGGAGAUAUCCAGGCCAUGUUUGGAGUUGGAGGUGGCGCAUACCAUGUCGCCGAGAGACUAAGGGCGGCUGUCAGUGCCAAUCUUUGA